AUGAACCAGCAGUACAUCCCUGAUUGGAGCGGCGCCAUGGGCGACACCUUCGCGCCAUUGGGCAGCGGCGACGACGACGGGCUCAUCGAGCUGCUGUGGUGCAACGGCCACGUGGUCAUGCAGAGCCAGGCGCUGCUGCGGAAGCCGCCGAGGCCCGACAAGGCCGCCGCGCCAGCGGCGGUGCCGGACGACGACGCGGCGGCGCAGGCGUGGUUCCAGUACCCGGUGGAGGACCCCCUCGAGAGGGACGACCUCUUCGCGGAGCUCUUCGGAGAGGCGCAGGCGGCGGUCGACGGCGCCAGGGGGGCGUGCUGCAAGGAGGAGGCGGAGCGCGGGGGCGACGCCUCGCGCCAGAGCAGCAGGAUGAUGCCGCCGCCGCUGCCUAGGCCGCGGGACGAGAAGGCGUGCCCGGGAGAUGACGCCGGCGGCUGCGGGGGCCCGGACGGUGCCACGGCGAGGACGUCCGCCGGCUGCGAGGUCACGGAGGGCGGCGAGUCGUCCAUGCUCACCAUCGGGUCCAGCUUCUGCGGGAGCAACCACGUGCAGCAGACGACGCCGCGCGCCCGCGACGCCGUCACGCCGCCGGGGGCCGCUAAGGACGUCGCCAGGGCCCGCAACGCCGCGACGGACACGUCGUCGGCGACGCGGUCCAGGUCCUGCACCACCAAGAGCGAGCAUCCCGGUCCCGGCGCCGCCGCUGCUGCCGCCCACCGGAGCGGCAAGCGGAAGCAGAGCGACGCCACGGACGCCGAGGACGUGGAGUUCGAGUCCGCCGACGUGACGUGCGAGCCGGUGCAGAAGACGACGACGGCCAAGCGCCGCCGCGCCGCCGAAGUCCACAACCUCUCCGAGCGGAGGAGAAGGGACAGAAUCAACGAGAAGAUGAAGGCCCUGCAGGAGCUCAUACCUCACUGCAACAAAACGGACAAGGCGUCGAUGCUGGAUGAGGCGAUCGAGUACCUCAAGUCGCUGCAGCUCCAGCUGCAGAUGAUGUGGAUGGGCGGCGGAAUGGCAGCGGCAGCGGCGCCGGUGGUGUUCCCGGCGGGGGUGCACCAGUACAUGCAGCGGAUGGUGGCCGGGCCCCCUCCCCACCACGUGGCUUCCAUGCCCGGUAUGCCGUUCAUGGCGCCGCCUGCCGCCGUGCAUGGCCCGCCGCCGCCGGUGCCCGACCUCUACGCGCGCUACCUCGCCCUGGACCACCACCUGCCGCCGCCGCCGCCGCCCUUGGUAGCACCACCAUACACGGUUCAGCAGCAUUGCCUGCAGGGCACGAUGGGCUUCUACCAGCGGCAGAACCCCGCGCAGCCGCCGCCGCCGCCGACCGCCGUUCCGGCGGCGUCGCCUUCCGACGGCAUCCUGCACAAAAAAUACGAGAAUUGUGGGAAGCCUGAGAUCCAGGGUAUGACCGGAUGA